AUGCCACUUGUAAAUAACAAAGUGGGAGAUGACGGCACAGUCGGCACAGACAAGGCUUUGGCUGAUGGAAAAGCUCUGGUGGAUUCUCUGAUGAAGGUGGUGGCCUGUUACCGGCACUUGGCCUCAUGUGUUGGCGGGUGCACCGACAGCCUGCAGCUGCGGGACGAGCUGCGACAGACGAGAGAAAAGGCCCAAAAGUUGUCCUCGUCCAUCUGUUGUCACCUGACCUCACAUCUCCGCGAUAAAAAUCUGCCUGCGGAGCAGCGGAAGGAGAUGGAGCUCCUCUGGGUGGCCUUCUCCUCCAGCCUGGAGCUCCUCCACGCUGACAUGAGCAAAGUUUUCAGCGUGGGCGACGUCUUCUCUCUGGCCAACACUGCUACGCUGGUGCAAACCGGCCUUCAAGGAGGAGGCAGUGAGGUGGCAGCUCGGGCGCUCAGUGUGCCGGACCUGAACCAGGCCCAGACUCAGGCCCCCUCGGCGGACCUGGAGAGCCAGGAGCGCAGCACCAUGGAGCAGGAGAUCAGCCGAAUGGACCACAUGAUCGACGACAUGGAGAUGAAAGUGAACGUGCUGCGGUGGAUGGUGGAGCCCCGCGGGCCGCAGUACGCAGACCCGCUCAGCAGCACCGACAGCGCCUCCCUGGCUCUGCUCUCCGUGGAUGGUGAUGAGGAGCAGCCUGGACACCAGCCUCUCUGCCAGCGCAGUCACAUCUUUGUGCUCUUAUUGCUGUUUGCUGUUGUUUUGGUGGCUGCCACUUUAUCAGUCUGUGUUGUCCUCUUCUCAUGA